AUGGGAAUCCAUUAUGCAACCAACAUCUACAUGGAAGCUCUUGCACUAGUACAUGGUUUAAAAAUUGCUAUUCAAAAGGACCUACUUCCUCUAGUUAUCAAGACCGAUUGCAAAGAACUCAUUAACAUGCUUUCUAACAAAUCUUGCUCCUACCAAAACUUAAUUGAUGAUUGUAGGUACCUAUUCCAUACUGAAGCAAGAAGGGCUUCAAUCAAGCACAUUUUUAGAGAAGCUAAUGAAGUGGCGGACCAAUUAACAAAGAAAGGAUGCAAGCUAGAUAUUUUUGGUAGUUUGAUGAUGUAUCCCACUCCUCCUGCUUUUGUUAUUUGUACUAUACUCAAAAGAUCAACCAAACGCAUUGGACAGACAAGCCCAAUGGAUAAAAAGAGUUCAGUCGGCUGGAUAGGAGUACGAGCUCAACAAGUGAGAAAAGAUCAAAUGGCUGCCUAUCAAAUCCUUGGAGCAAUUUUACAAGAUGGGCACUCCACAACGCGGCCACCCUACUUCAAUGGUGAACACUACUGCCAUUGGAAAGAAAGUUUCAAGAUCUUUGUGCAAUCAACAAACUAUCAAGCAUGGAUUGUGAUCAAGGAAGGACCUAAACCUAUUCCAAAUGUGGAUGCAAAAGAUAUAAAUACAAAAAUUGAUCUGGAGUCACAUGAUGUGACUAAAGAACAACAGGAGACUUUAUCAACAAAUGCUCGAGAAAUAGCUUUGUUGUACUGUGCGCGAUACGGAGAAGAGUAUGUCAAAAUAUCAAACUGCGAGACUGCAAAAGAAAUGUGGGAUAAACUUGAAGCCAUAUAUGAAGGAACAUCAAAAGUAAGAGAAACCAAAAUUGAUGCUCUAAGGCAUGAUUAUGAAGCUUUUAGCAUGAUGCACGAUGAGAACAUUGAAUCAAUGUUCACCAGAUUCAGCAACAUCAUUGGUGAAAUUAAAUCUCUUGGAGUGACUUACACCAAUUCUCAACAGGUGAGAAAACUUUUCAGAAGUCUACCCAAGACUUGGGAAACCAAGGCAAUUGUUUUAGAAGAUGGAAAUCUGGACAAUUUUACAUAUGACGAACUAAGAGGAAAUCUGAUGGCUUUUGAAAAGAAUCAUAUUCAAAGAUAUCAGAAGGAUGAAAAGAAGAAAAUGGUUGCUUUCAAAUCUCAGGCUGAAGAAUCUGAUGAUGAGUUUAAGGAAGAAGAAGUGUCCAUGAUUUCUAGGCAUGUAAUUGAAGGCAAGAGAAGAUCGAGAAACAAUAGAAAAGGAAAUUCAAAUUUCAGAAAAGGUAAAUCCUCCGUUGUUCAAAGAAAUGAUGGAAAAUGCUACGAAUGUGAAAAAUAUGGUCACAUUGCAUCUGAAUGCCCUGAUGCAAAGAGGAAACCAUCGAAAAACUGUCAAAAACAACGAGCAUUCAUCAGUUGGAGUGAAGAUGAAGUCUCUGAAGAUGAUGAGGAAGGAAUGACGAACAUUUGCUUCAUGGCAAUUGGCAAAACUAGCGAGGUAAGACCUUAUCACUGUUCUAACUGUAGUGAAACUCAAGAAUUGCUUGAUCAAACACUCGAGGACUUAAAUAGGGUGUUUAAUGAAUAUAAGAAGCUUAAGAGAGAAAGAAGGGACUGGGAACUUAAACUAGAAGUAGUUGAAAUAGAAAGGGAUCUUCUUCAAGAAGAAGUUGAAGACUUGAAACUGCAGCUUAAUGUGUUGCGUGUUUACAACAACAAGUCUACUGGGAAAAGACCUAUCAGUAAUAAUAAUACCUCUGAAAAAUCUAAAGGAGACAAAAGCUUGUUCAAAUCAGUCGCAGACUUUGAUGGAGGACUAGUUACUUUUGGUGACAACUCAACAGGAACAUUAAUUGGUACAAGAACUAUUUCGUUUAAUAACUCUUGUGAUAUCUCUAAUAUUUAUCUUGUUGAAGGACUCAAAUAUAACCUCUAA